GUCAUAGCCACUCUCUCUCUCUCUCUCUCUCUCUCUCUCUCUCUCUCUCCUCGCAAUUUGCAAAAAUCCCAAAAAAACAGAGCCAAAAAAAAAAAAGCAACAAAGUAGGCGUCUUUAUUAAGCAGAUUCUUUCUGCGUGAUAUUAUUGUUCUCAAUUUUCAUUUUCAUGUAAUAAAAUUAAUUGUAUAUUUGCUGCUGCUUUUCUUCUUUAUAUAAAGCGACAGCCAAAGAUUGUGUGGCUUCGCUUCAGUGUCUCUUGUUUCGGGUACUUAUAUUUCUUUUAGGUUUUGGGGGUCUUUGGCUUUUGGGUUUUCUCUAGAGACACGAAUACUGAUAAUACAGAGAUUUUGAUAUGGCUGAAGAAGAAACUGUUGCUGUUGUCUCUAAUAAUGAUUUGCCUGUUAAAAGGCCAAGAGAAGAUGAAUUAGAAAUUGAAAACGGUGUCUCUUCUGCUACUACUGCUGUGGCGAUGGACACAGAGGGUAACACUAGCAAUAGUGAUUAUAUAUCCUCUGUUAUUCCUGGUUGGUUCUCUGAGAUUAGCCCAAUGUGGCCUGGGGAGGCGCAUUCCUUGAAAGUGGAGAAGAUCUUGUUUCAAGGGAAGUCUGACUACCAGAAUGUCAUGGUCUUUCAGUCAUCAACAUAUGGGAAAGUUCUUGUUUUGGAUGGGGUGAUUCAGCUUACAGAGAGGGAUGAAUGUGCAUAUCAGGAAAUGAUAACCCACCUUCCACUUUGCUCAAUACCAAAUCCGCAGAAGGUUUUGGUCAUUGGUGGAGGAGAUGGCGGGGUCCUGCGGGAAGUGGCUCGGCACUCUUCCAUUGAUCAUAUCGACAUAUGUGAAAUAGACAAGAUGGUUAUUGAUGUUUCUAAAGAAUUUUUUCCUGAUAUAGCAGUUGGGUAUGAGGACCCCCGUGUGACUCUCCAUGUUGGUGAUGGUGUUGCAUUUUUGAAGAACUCUCCUGCUGGAACUUAUGAUGCAAUUAUAGUAGAUUCGUCUGAUCCGAUAGGUCCUGCACAAGAGCUUUUUGAGAAACCCUUUUUUGAGUCAGUAGCAAGGGCUCUUCGUCCUGGUGGAGUUGUGUGUACUCAGGCAGAAAGCAUAUGGCUUCAUAUGCACAUCAUUGAGGAUAUCGUAGCAAACUGCCGUCAGAUAUUCAAAGGCUCUGUCAAUUAUGCUUGGACUACUGUUCCGACUUAUCCAAGUGGGGUAAUUGGUUUCAUGCUUUGCUCUACUGAGGGACCUUCUGUUGAUUUCAAGCAUCCAGUGAAUCCUAUAGAUGCUAAGGAUAGCAAAUCAACAAGACCCUUGAAAUUUUAUAAUUCAGAGAUUCAUUCUGCUGCUUUCUGUUUGCCAUCUUUUGCAAAGAAGGUGAUUGAUGCGAAAGCAAAAUGAUGGAAUUUUGAAAAAGAAAACUAAAGAAGCAGGAUUCAAGCUAUCUAUAGUGUCGCCCUUCAUCUUUCAACGAAAUAGUCCAUCUGCCAAUGGCCGUGGAAUAAGCCUUUGAGGCUUUUAGUAAUUUUCAGAGUAUGGUUUAAGUAGGGAGAGCUUGUACUUUGAUUGUUGGAGUUGAGAGUUGUUUCUCCAUUCCUUUAUAUUUAGUCCUGAGAGUAUGCAAUUUCUUAUUGGCAAUUCAGUUACAUUAAAAAAAAUGCUUUUUCUUUUUUUA